AUGGCCCCCAAUCCCGACUUUGGUGGGAGGCGCCAUGGAACAUCCAGCUUCACCGGCACACCCGUCUUCAACACCGUCGCCGAGGUAGCGACUAUCACAGCUGGGACCGCCACCUCCGCCCCCUCCAGCGACUCCUCUGGGGAUUCCGGGGGAAGCGGCAGCGGAGGGGACAGCAGUCGCGGGGCAAACUACUUCUUCGGCUUCCUCAUCACGUUCGUCCUCCUCCUGCUCAUAUUCGCCGGGUGUGGACUCGGUUCACGCAGGCGGAUGUUCUUCUCUCGUCGGUUCCAGAAUGCGGAUGCGUUUGGGCCAUGGACGACCUAUGGAGAAGACGGAAUCGGGAGAGGUGAGGUCGUUGAACCAGUGGUUUACGAGAAGACGUUCGAAAAGGCUGAGGAAACGGGAGACAAGUGGGGAGAUUUAAAGCCGUUGUCAGCGACGCUCGUACGACGACCAAGAGACCAGUCAGAUGCAUCCUCAGCCCAAAAGCCUUCACUACCUGAAGACCCACCAUCAGAUCCUGCCCACCCCAACCCUACCGCUGUCUCCGCUACGCCCGCGGAACCUCACAGGAGCCUACCUGCUUGGUUCCCGGGUAGAAAGAGAAAGCAUCCUCCUGGACCUCCCACCGCUGAGCCCGAGGAUGUACCUGAAGCAAUACAGGUCGCCUUUCUCAUCGUCAUGCCCUCGGUGGCUUCUUCAUCUCUAUAUGCACCAAAAACGCCGAUAGACGAAGAGAAGGCGGCGGCACUAAGGGAGCGAGAGAGAGACUUCGAAAUGCCCGAGUAUCAGAUUGGGAUGGCUACGGUGCCAUGGGAGACGGAAAUUCGGUCAAGGACAAUGGCCUCGCCGCCGUCAACUUCAUCGUCAUCAUAG